AUGUCAUCAUCAGUAUCAUCUUCGCCUCUAUCUUAUUCUCCAACAUCAAGUCCGGAAUUAAUUAAAACAAGAUCACAUCAUAAAUCUUAUCAUAUUGAAAUUGGACUUAUUAUAUUAUUUCUAUGUUUAACUAUUCCAAGUUUAUUAUUUCUCACACUUAUCUAUCGACGACAAACAACAAUUAUUUCAACUCCAACAACACCAACAACAACAACAUCAUCAACUGAAUCACCUUUUCUUAAAUAUUCAUUUCAAAAGAAUUUUUAUCGUAGAUCUUUAAUUAAUUAUCCACAAGCACGAUGUAUGGAUGAUAGUGUUGCUUCAUAUUAUAUACGUUUAACAACAAAUACUAAGAAUAAUUCACGUUGGUUAAUUUAUUUCGAUGGUGGUUGGUUUUGUUAUUCAAAAGAAUCUUGUUAUUUUCGUCAAAUUUAUUCACCUAAUUUAAUAACAUCAAAUAAUUUUGAUGAAAAAAAAUCUUUAAUCGGAAUAUUUUCAUCUUUAAAACAAUAUAAUAUUAUUUAUGUUCCAUAUUGUUCAUCAGAUUUAUGGUCUGGCUCAUCAAAUAAAAGUCAUUCGCAUGGUUAUGAUAUAUUUCAUGCUAUAUUUAAUGAUUUAAAAUCAGAUAGAAAUUUUCAAAAAGCUAAACAAAUUGUAUUUACAGGAUUUUCAGCCGGUGGUCUUGGUCUUUUAUUAAAUUUACCUAAUUUAUUAACCAAAUUUUCUUCAAAAAUUGAUAUUCGUGUUAUUAUUGAUUCCGGUUGGUUUAUUGAUUAUCCAGGUAGUAUUAAUGGUAUAUCAAAAAUAAAUGAAGGAAUGAUUUAUUGGAAUACACAAAUACCUUCAUCAUGUCAAUUAAAACCACAAUAUAGAUGUUUAUUAGGUAGUGAAGCUAUUCGUUUAUUUCCAUCACAUGUACGAAUAUUAAUAAUACAAUCAUUAUUUGAUCAAACACAACUACAUUUAGAUGAAUUAAAUUUAAAUUCAAAUGAUUUCUCAUUAAAACUUCUUGAAAAUCUUCGUCAAUCAAAUAAUCGUAUAUCGAUAUUUGCACCAGCAUGUUCCGUACAUGGAUUUUUAUUUCGUUCAUUAUGGUCACAAUUUGAUAUAAACCAACGAACACUUGCUUCUGUACUUAACUUAUGGUUAAAAAGAAGAAAAAGAACUCAUCUUCAAUUAAUUGAUCAUCGUUUUGAUUCAAGUUUUUGUCCACAAAGAGAAAAUGAUGAUGAGAUAUAA